CACACACACACACAGACAAGAAGUACAUUCCAUCAAACUUUUGGCAUCGUGACAUUCCAAUUGGACAAGUGUCUCUUCCACACUUCUCCAGUCAUGGAGCCAGUUUGGUGGAGUUGGAUCGGCAGGUCAGGAUAACAAUCGAGAUGAUGGGAAAGUUUACACUCAGAAGAAUUGACAAAAUGGCACAGUUUAUACAUGAAAACGGGGAAAUAAGUUAUUCAUUCAUUCAUUUACCGGUGGUACAGUGGAAAGCAUUGGUCUCACAGUUCUGAGGUCCUGGGUUCAAUCCUGGGCCCCCAUGUGUGGAGUUUGUAUGUUCUCUCCGUGCCUGUGUGGGUUUUCUCCGGGCACUCUGGUUUCCUCCCACAUCCCAAAAACAUGCAACAUUAAUUGGACGGUCUAAAUUGCCCCUAUAAGUGUGAAGUGAGUGCGGCUGUUUGUCACAAUGUGCCCUGCGAUUGGGUGGCAACCAGUUCAGGGUGUACCUCGCUUCCUGCCCGAUAAGCUCCAACACUCCCCGCGACCCUCGUGAGGAUAAGCGGCUAAGAAAAUGGAUGGAUGGAUUUUCACUUGUUGAAACUAAAUUCUAAAAUCUAAUUUGCUAAAAAAAAAAAAAUCCCUCUUUACAUUAUUUUUUUCAGUAGAGACGACUGGUAAGAGUGCCAAUCAACUUGAAAAAAAGUUUCUGCGGUGAUAAUUCGAUAAAAUGUUGCAUUUUAGGCAGCUGACGAAGUCAAACUUUUGGCCGGUGAGGAGUGCGUCCUUAAAAACCGAGUGCCCGCACUUGAGCGUGAAACUGGGCGGGGCCAGAAGCCUUUUGGGAGGGAGAGAAGAAAAAAGUUUCCAAAAAAAAAAAAAAAUCACGUGUUUGAGAUCAAAGGAGAUCCGCUUUGUAGAGGAGGGCGGGGGCGGGGGUGAGGGGGAGGAGGCUUGAGCAGCAAGCCAGCCAGUGUCAUUGACAGACGCUCAGCGGUGAACUCAACACGCUCCCCCGGUGUGUUCCGCACAUUUUGGCUCCUUAUCCCCCCCUCCCCUCACAAAAAAAAAAAAAAAAACAGAUUAAUUUUCCAGGGCAUCCGCACUCGGGUCUCGCCGCGUCGAACAUGCCGUUCCGCUCGGGGCCGCAGACCCAGCCGGCGAGAUGAUAACGACGACCACCGCAACCACCAGGACGACUAGCAGGAUGCUGAUGCCGACGAUGGUGGCGCCGUGGCGGGACCACCCGUACCCCCAGCACCACCACCAUCCCGGCUCCUCCGCGGCGGCGGCGCUGCUGCUCCUCGCCGCCGUGCUCGCCGCCGAGCCCCGCGUCGCCCUCGCCAAGGAUACGGCCUAUGUGGAGGUGGUCCUGUUCGAGUCCAGCGCCAACGGGGAUUACACGACGUACACGACGGGCUUGCAGGGUCGCUUCUCCAAGGCUGGAGCCACCAUCAGCGCCGAGGGGGAGAUCGUCCAAAUGCAUCCUUUGGGAUUAUGUAACAACAACGACGAGGAGGACCUGUACGAGUACGGCUGGGUCGGGGUCGUGAAGCUGGAGCAACCAGAGCUGGACCCCAGUUGCCUCACCGUGCUGGGAAAGGCCAAGAGAGCGGUGCAGCGGGGAGCCACUGCCGUCAUCUUUGACGUGUCAGAAAACCCGGACGCCAUAGACCAGCUCAACCAGGUGGGCGACGACCCACUGAAGCGCCCGGUGGUCUACGUGAAGGGUAACGACGCCGUCAAGUUGAUGAACAUCGUCAACAAGCAGAAAGUGGCCCGCGCUAGGAUACAACACAGACCCCCCAGGCCCACCGAGUACUUCGACAUGGGCAUCUUCUUGGCCUUCUUCGUGGUCGUGUCGCUGGUCUGCCUCAUUCUGCUCGUCAAGAUCAAGCUCAAGCAGAGGAGGAGUCAGAGCUCCAUGAACAGGAUGGCGAGCCAGGCGCUGGACAAGAUGGAGACGCGUAAGUUUAAGGCCAAAGGCGGCAAAGCGGCGCGCGAAAGCACCUGCGGGGCGUCCGACUCGCUGAGCAGCAGCUCCACGUCCGACUGCGCCAUCUGCCUGGAGAAGUACAUCGACGGGGAGGAGUUGCGGGUCAUCCCAUGUGCUCACCGCUUCCAUAAGAAAUGCGUGGAUCCCUGGUUGCUCCAGCAUCACACCUGCCCUCACUGCAGACACAACAUCAUCGAGCAAAAGAAGGGAAACACGGGUCCCGGAUGCAUGGACCACGGCAACCCGCUUCACGGGCGCCAGCAGAGGGUGGUGCUGCCGGUCCACUACCCCGGCAGAGUGCACCGGGCCGGCCAGGUGACGGCCUACCCGACCCGGACCAGCAUGGACCCUCAUGGCAACGCCAUAACCGUUCUUACGGUGGACCAGCACCCCGACCCUCAAGGCCUGUACCCGCCUCAAGCCGCAUCUUCCUUCCUGCGGAGCUACCACCCCGCCCUGCACCUGGACCACUCCCUCAAUCCUCACCACUGCGGACUGGAGCACCGCGGUCCCCCCGCCUACCAAGCGCAGCCCCCUCCCCACCACCCAGCUUUUAAACGUCCCAAAUUCCACGGGCGCAACUUUUCAAGGGCGGCGUGUUUCUCUCAGUACGAAACCAUGUACCAGCACUACUACUUCCAGGGCUUGACUUUCCCCCAGCAGCCUCCCGAGGCGAGCCAGGGCCCCGCGGGUCAAGGUCACAAGCCUCCCCACGGUAGGGCCUUCCAGCAGGGACUCUUGUACCCCACCGUGGUGCACAUGGCUCCAGCCUCCUCUUCCAGAGUGGGCGACGGGGGCAGCGCUUCGGGCCUGAGCUGCUACCACGGUCACCGCUCGGUGUGCAGCGGCUACCUGGCCGACUGCCCCGGGAGCGACAGUAGCAGCAGCAGCUCAGGGCCGUGCCACUGCUCCUCCAGUGAUUCCAUGUUAGACUGCACUGAAGUCAGCAACCAGGGCGUGUACGGGAGCUGCUCCACCUUCCGGAGCUCAUUGAGCAGCGACUACGAUCCCUACGUCUAUCGGAGUAAAAGCCCUUGUCGGGGUUCUGCAGGGGAGGCCACGACCGUGGUGUUCCCCUCAGCCCCUGAGGAGUCGUCGUCGUCACCCGCGGGACCCUCGGGACUUGACUGUCUCCAGCUUUCCUAUAAUUCGGGGGACCACCUGUCCAACUGCAGCUUGGAGCCCAACUAUAGCAGUCGCUCAUCACUGGAACCCAGGGAGACUGGUGCCCUGGAGGCCCUUGGAGCGGACACCAGGGCUGAGGUGGGCGAGCUCGGCGCGGGAACGGGGACGACGUGCACUUGCUGCUUCGAGGUGGUUCCCCAGAACGCCGAGGCCAAGGCCCAGGACUCUGACCAGGCGUCUGGACGUUGUACCAGGGUCUCAAAGAACUACUCGUGCCCUUCCUCGGACCCCUAUGAAGGAUUACCUUGUUGUUUCUAUAAGGAGAUGAAGGUCCACAGGGGACACUAUGCGGAGGACUACGCUGUCAACGUGCAGUACGCCGAGUCAGAGGCCUGCCCAGGGCAGAGCUGCUGUGAACUGAACCAGAGAAUACCUAUCAUCCCCGAGGACACAGAUUGCGAAAGUAACCUUUUGCCCGACUCGGUCACGGUGGAGGUGGAGGCGCAAAAUGAUGACUUCUUCACCCGAAGUCUCUCAUACCCUCAACAGGAAGAGACCAGGGCUUUGUUUACGCCUCAGCUCCCUGAAAACUCUUUGAGUCGAAGUACUGAGGGCUGUAUGGGUGUGUGAC